AUGACGAUCUCGUCAUCAGCACUCUUCCUCGUCCUUGCUCUGUGUCUCAACUUCGCCGCUGGACUUGCAGGUCACGGAAGUGUCCGCCCUCUCGACAGCCAAGAGUGGACGCUGUCCAACGAGUAUGGCAACAUCACCGUGCCGGGAGCCUUUCCAUCGCAUGUGCAUCUCGAUCUACUUUCUGCUGGCGUCAUCGAGGAUCCGCUCCGCGGGUUCAACGACAUCAACCUGCGAUGGGUUGCAAACCAAAAUUGGACAUAUACGAGUGGUCCCCUCACCAACCUCACGCAUGACGACGGUCUGAGGACUUGGCUUGUGUUUGACGGGCUCGACACCUUCGCAACCGUCAAGUUCUGCGGCAACAUCGUCGGAACUACAGACAAUCAGUUCCGGCGAUGGACAUUCGACGUCACGUCAGACCUGGCAAGCUGUAGGGGCGAACCUACGUUGAGCCUCAACUUUGGAAGCGCGCCAAAGAUUGCCAACGCAAAGAACGCCAGCCAGCCACAGCCGUGGGCGGAAGCUCUCGUCGCAGCAUGGACCUUCGAAGUCCCCAACAGAAACUUCGUCAGAAAGCAGCAGUCCGACUUUGGCUGGGACUGGAGUCCGGCCUUCACCCCCGCAGGGCCGUGGAAGAGCGGCCGGAUCGUCCAGACCCGCGACGACAAGUAUCUCUACGCCGUCGACACCGUCGUCGACGUCUACCGCCAGGGCCAGACGAACAACCUCGCCCCGGAUCAGAGCAAGCCCUGGGUGUUGAAAGCGAGCAUCGACUACCUCGGCAGCCUCCCGCGCGGCUCCUACAUCGAGGCGCUCAUCGAGAGCACCUCUAAGAAUCCCGAGACGCUCUUCAGCGGGAAGCUGGCAGACGUGCAGGUGUCGGCAGGCUCCAUCAGCGGCAGCGUGGAGAUUGACGGCGCGAGGCCGAAGCUCUGGUGGCCCAACGGGAUGGGCGACCAGGACAUGCACACUAUCCAGCUUGCGGUGCGCACCUCCAACCGCUCCCUACCGCUGAUGGUCUCGUCGCGCCGCUUCGGCUUCCGCACCAUCCUCCUCAGCACCGGGGCCACGAGCGCGGACGAGGUCACGGCCGGGAAGCAGCCCGGCAACGACUGGCACUUCGAGAUCAACGGCCGUCAUUUCUACGCCAAGGGAGCCAGCCUCGUGCCCCCGGACGUGUUCUGGCCGCGGGCCAGCGAAAAGCAGAUGAGCGACCUGUUCGACGCGGUGCAGCACCAGAACUUCAACAUGCUCCGCGUCUGGUCCUCCGGGUCCUACCUCCCGGACUUCAUCUACGACAUGGCCGACGAGCGCGGCAUUCUUCUGUGGAGCGAGUUCCAGUUUGGGGACGCGCUGUAUCCGGACGACGACGACUUCAUCGACAAUGUGCGCCAGGAAGCGACCGAAAAUGUCCGUCGCGUGAACCACCAUCCGUCACUGGCCUGUUGGGCCGGCGGUAACGAGAUUGAAAACGUCGUGCUCCCUAUCGCUGGCGUCACCGACAAGCACAACCUUGGGCUCUACCUCGGCCAGUACGAGCACCUCUACAUCGAUACCCUCUUCCGCGUCGUCGCCGCCAACACCCGAUCCAUCUCCUACACGCCCUCCAGCGGCAACAACGGCUGGUCCAAGAUUGACAUGAGCCUCCCCGUGCCCAUGGUCCAGGUGUACGAAAACAAGACUGUGGGCCACAUCUAUGGCGACACGGAGCACUAUGACUACUCGGCCGCCUCCGCCUUUGACGAGGCCUCGUAUCCCGUCGGCCGCUUUGCCGCCGAGUUUGGCUUCCACAGCAUGCCCAGCCUGCAGACCUGGCGGACCGCCAUCGCCGAUGAGGACCUGCACUUCAACUCCUCCGUCAUAGUCUCCAGGAACCACCACUACCCGCCCGGUGGUCUCGUCGCCGACGUCUCCAAAAGCCUUAAGGGCAUGGCCGAGAUGACGGCCGCCGUGGAGAUGUACUAUCCCUUGCCCAACAAGACCGAUCCUGUUGACCACUUCGGCGCAUGGUGCCAUGCGACGCAGCUCUUCCAGGCCGACUUCUACCAGAGCCAGAUCCAGUUCUACCGUCGCGGAAGCGGAGGCAAGGAGCGCCAGCGCGGAACGCUGUUUUGGCAGCUCAACGACGUUUGGCAGGCGCCGAGUUGGGCGGCUUUAGAAUAUGGCGGUCGCUGGAAGGUUCUCCCGUACUACAUCCGUCGCGGCUAUCAGAAUGUGGUCGCGUCGACGUCCUGGAAUAGUGUCUCCAAGAAUCUCCAAGUCUGGAUCACCUCGGAUUUGUGGGAGGCCGUCUCUGGACAGCUGUCCAUGACUUGGGUCGACUUGCAAGGUAACCGGCUCAAGGACAAUAUGGGCUUCCCCCAAGUGGUCAACUUCACGGUUGACGCCAUUGACAGCAUCAAAGUGUACCAUGCAGCCCUGCGAGACUUUGGCGUUCCAGACAUGGACAAUGCGCUGCUGCUGUUGUCGGUUGAAGCUCACGGUCGACUGCCAAAUUCCGAUGUGAUCAAGACAUUUACGCAUGAGGUUUCCUUUCUUCCGACUCCCCCAAAACGAGCAAAGAUUGCAGAACCCGGCUUGCGCCUCACCUAUGACGAGGCUUCGCGCAAGUUCACCGUCGAGGCUACCAAGAGAUUCUUUGAAGAUAAUGCGUUUGUGCUGUUGCCAGGACAGAAGAAAGAAAUUGGCUUCACACUGCAACAGGACAACACGAACGGCGCCUGGGUACGGGAUGUCACAGUAACCAGCCUAUGGGACCUGAACCACGGCUAG